AUACUCUUGUUUCUCAACUCGGGCUUGGAAAGAUGAAAGGAGAUGUCGUACAUGCGUGCUGCAUGGCUCAUUAAACGCAGAAUAUGCGUAAAUGGAAUAUAUUGAAGUAGAGGCCAGGGUGCACUGGGGAGCACGUGCUCUACUCUCUACCCAAAGAAGUGUACAUAUGUACAGGUAUAACGCCAGAAAAGGCGUACCGUACAGUGUAAAUAAGCAGCGUAUGGCUUACAAUUGCUCCCCUCACUUCCCGAAGCCGAUGUUGCAGUGCAUCGCCACAUUGUUCUCGACCCAUACCGUAUGGGAUUGCUUCGGUCCUUCUCUUUUGAGACGUGUAUUUACGUAUCCGCUCGCCCCGACCUUCCUAUUCAUGCCCAGCAAAACAUCUUCAGGGGAAUUCGGCCAAGGUGCAUUAGUGCAGCGUAGCUUUUCUACCAAGAAAAUGGCGCCGGUAGUGGAGGCGCGAGUGGCCCCUUUGGCGAAAAACCGUCUGGGCGUUCCCCCAAAAUUCCGGUGCCUUCUAGCCCCAGCGCGAAUUUUGGCGGGACCGAGUGUCUCUGGUGCUGUAUCCCAAGUCGACGGUAUUGGUACUUGGUAAAGGACGAGUCAGGCGCUUCUAGGCGCCGGAUAGUGGAGGUAGGAAUAACGCAAGCGGCUCGAAAUGAACAAAGAAGCAAAAAGGUUUGGUGUGAAACGGGCCGAGGGCCUGGGUGUGCAGAUCGGCAAAGGGCGUACCUGACAGCAGCGCCUUGGGAGUCCGACGCUCGCCACUCUUGUGCCAAGUACGCGAUCCAGGAGAGAAGACGUAAGUCCGUCAGUAAUACGGAUACGCAUGGUCUAGUCACCAUGCAUGCACACCGUCCAAAGUUCUCGACCAUCCCAACCCC